AUGUCUUUAGUCCAUUUGGCAAACACAUGCUCGCAUCUGCAGAACGCCUCGCGCGCCCGGCUGGGCCUCACAUCGGUGCCCGACACCAAGUUCCACCUCAGACUCAUGCUUGCCCUGCAGAACUCGGGCUUCAUUUCCACCGUGGUCCGCGGCGGGCCUACUCCUCCUCCGCCGCACAGCUUGCUGACGCACCCGACGUCCACUGAUCCCACGGCGCCCAUUGAGCCCGUGACACAACGCAACAUCUCUACGCGGCGGCUGUGGCUGGGGCUGAAAUACUGGAACAGCUCGCCCGUGUUGGAGAAGAUGAGUCUGAUCAGCAAACCCACCAGGAGGAUCUGGAUGGACGUCACAGGCCUGAAGCAGCUGGUGUUGGGCAAGGAUGCAGGCUACGUCAAGGGACUCAGGAAGCCUGGCGAGUGCAUCUACGUGAGCACCGACAGAGGGAUUCUGGAAGCCAGGGAGUGUGUGGAACGGAAGAUGGGCGGGAUGUUGAUCUGUCGAGUCGGAUAA